AUGACGACCAAACAAGGAGACCAAGCGUCUCCUCAGGCUUCGGCCUCACAACCCAACGAAUCCACCGUCAAGAGUGCUCCGCCCCCAGAAACCCCGGCUGCCGUCCUAACGCGAUUCCGAGUGAUAGCUGCAUUCUGGGCAGUGAUUAUAUUCUUGGGGUUCCCAAUAUGGUGGAAGACAACGUCUAUUUACAGGGCACAUCUCCCUAUCGAGGAGAUGGUAGAUUGGGCUGAUGGAAAGGCAUGCCGACCAGUCUUUCCCUUGGAGAUUCACCUUGCCACACCUUCGAUGCAAUCUAUUGAGGCGCAACAUCUCCUCCGCACCACACAGCAUACCCUUGAUGAUCUGAACGAGUUCGCGGCUCACCACCUCCGCCUAAAGUUAGCCAACGACAGCGCAACUGCGUCACAUAGUGUCGAUAAUGGCUUCGACGGUGCGAUCAAUGCCGAAGGGCAGGCACCAGACACCGCAUUAACGGUUCGCCUUCUAGCCCAGGAAGGUCUGGCAGCCCCUCGGUCUGAGCUUCAUGCAGCCACGACGCAGCUUGAUGUAUUCUAUCCUCCGAGCCAGGUCCCCGUGCCCUCCUCCUCGAACUCACCCCUCUCUGCAUUCAUUGCGGAAGAGCUACAGCAAUUGUAUGGUGAAGAGAAGGCUACGAUAGCACACAUCCUGUCCGGACACACUGGCAGCCUUGACUCAACAUCGCCCCGAAUCGCUGAGAGCAUUAGUCGGAGACUGCGCAGAUCGAUGAAAUACGCCGAGACAUAUCACCUCUCAUUCUCCCUCUUUACUCCGGGAUCCGAGCCGUCAUCUUGGGACAUUGAGGCUGCUGUGAAGGAGUACCUUUCCCCACUCCUGCAGGCAUUUGAGCCCAUCAGCAACUUCACAGUCGACACGCAGGUGCAGCUGUAUGCAAACUUCGCACCUACUGCGCCGCGACCGGAGUAUGAUGAAACAGAGGCUGCAUGGACAUUCAAAAAGGAGGAUCUCAGCGCCUUUGUCAACGCUGCCGAGUGGCCUCUAAACCCAAGCAUCGGCAACGGGCCUACAAUCAACUUCAUCCUCUACGUCCCAGAUCCAUCCCAAUCCCCUUUAAUUGUCAAGGAGAACCGGGCUUCAAGUUGGAUUGUUCCCCAAUGGGGUGGUGUAUACCUCCUCAACCCGACCCUUGCCAACUCGAAGCAGGGCCAGGUCAAUCCCGCCCAUCUCUCCCAGGAUUCUCUAGGCCCUGCCUUUAUGACAUUCUCUCACCAACUUCUCACCCUCCUGGGUACACCUAGUACUCCGUCCUCCCUUCCCCUCCGUCUUCAAACAUCCAUCCGCAUCCGUGCAGCCACCCUCCUUCUCUCCGCAUCAUCCACAAUGGGCUCUCUGGCCCGUCUCACCGAAUCUCUACCCUCAAUACCUAUCCCAGCCAGUGUUGCCUCCUCUGUCUCUACCACACUUUCCCAUCUAGGUGCUACAUGCUCCCACUUGCGCGAGGGCCGCUUUGGUGCCGCGCUUGCCAGUGCCAGAGUCGCCGAGACAGAAGCCGAGCGUAGCUUCUUUGAGAAGAGUAUGGUUGGCCAGGUCUACUUCCCUGAUGAGCACAAGGUUGCUGUCUACCUGCCUCUUUUGGGUCCGAUUGGUGUACCUCUUGUUGUUAGCUUGCUUAAGGAGCUCAAGAGAAUUGCAGCUGGACGUAAAGCAAGGAGAGCGGCAGCCGCGGCGUAG